AUGAUGAACUCUAUACUGGAACCCUCAAAUUUUAUCAAGUAUCACAAAUCAUUAAAGCUAUAUCUUGGAAUCUCACAAGAUAAGCUGACGCCCAUAACAUCUGCGCGUGUUGCCAAGGCGCGUGAAAAACUAAGCCGAUUAACUGAGAUCCAAUUUUAUGAUUUGAGUACCGAUGUAUACGAUGAAUUACAGAGGCGAAUCAAUGAAACAAAUGAGAAACCAAAGCAUCUUCUUCCGCAGUCCAACUACCAUCCUAAAAGAAAUCAAGCAAGACAAAAAUUGGCCGCUUUACCGUCUCAAAGAUUCAAGGAUUUGGUGAAUGAUGUUCUUUUCGAGAUAGAUAGAAGACACUUGGCAGAGCAACCUUCCAUAGAACGAUCGUCUAUGGGCUCGCCAAACUUAAAUGAUUAUCCUAGUGCUAGAGAGUCUUCUCAGCAGACUGAAUCGAAGCGACUUAGUCUCCAGCGAUCAGAACAAUCAUUGUCUAUUCAGGAAAUUCCAAAGCUACACAUCGAUUCACCUUUUGAUGAUUUGGACGAUGCUAAUGAGGUUAAGACUCCUGUCAGAGAAAACUUUCAACAGCAAAAAGUUGAGACUCCCUCCCAACGUGAGAUAAAAGCCACUAAAGUGGUUCCAAAGCGUGCAGAAUUGACAUGGUCGAGUGAUGAGGAAGAGGAGGACGCUUUAUCAAAUGAUGCCUCUCGUCCUGGGCGUAUUUCUAUUGAGUCAAGGGAAAUGAAGAAUAGGGCAACAGAAAAUAAAUCACCGCUGACCUCCAAUCACAAUUCUUUGACCAAAGACACAAAAAUAAAGGAGGAUUACGAGGAGAAAUUGAAGGCCAAGGAUGAUAUAAUUCAAGGAUUGAACGAGCAACUAACUUCUUUGAGGGAGAACAUUGAGUUGAAUGAGCAAAAGGUGAGCAAUCUAGAAUCAGAGUUGUUGGAAAAAGAUUCCAACAUGAAGUCUUUGAAGGAGGAAUCUUCAAAAUUCUCUGAGCUCGAAGUUACCAACGCCGAACAAUUAAACAAGAUUGCUGAGCUUCAAGAUCAGUUGCACAAAGCGAUACCCAAGGUCAGAGAGCUUGAUGAUCUUAAAGGGAAGUAUAAAGAGUUACAGGAAAAAUAUGAAAGCGCAGACAGAGAGAUAAAUAGCAACUCGAAUGAUUUAAAUGACAAAGUGUCCGAUCUAGAGAAGCAAAACAAGUUGUUGCAAGAGGAGAGUGAAUCGCAAAAAAGGUCGUAUCAAGAACUUCAGAAAAAGCAUGAGCAAUUGUCCAGACAACAUAGCUUGCUGCAAAAAGAUCACACUGCUCUUCAAAAGACAAUGGAAGAUAUUCCUAUGGCAAGAAACGGGAGUAGCACGAGCUUGAAAAGGACUAGCAGCGAGAUUCCAGACUCUGUCUGGCAGAAAAAGUUCCAAGAACUAAAAGCAGACAAGAUUUCGGAUUACAUUAUUUCGGCAAAAGGUCCAGAUGUUGAAAGUUUGCAACGGUAUUGCGAUCUUGAUGGUUCUGUCCCUUUGAUUGCUGUAGCUAAUCUCUAUGCGGGCGUUGAGAUGAUGCUAUCGUAUAUAUCAGAGGAAAAGAUUUCAACAUUUGGUUUGUUCAAUGGUGUUUCUGGUAUUGCGGCCGCAGUUCGAGCUAUAACAAAGGAUGCCGGAUCUACAGAUCCAACGUCUGCCGUUGGAGAAAAAACACAGUUGAUAGAGGCGUCACUUUCUAAUCUUUUGACUAGCACUAGAUACUACGCACUGUAUUUGGAUGUUAUGCCAAAGCUCUUGAUGCAUGCUGCGAUUAGCGACGUUUACUUUAGCGUGUUGGAUUUGACGAGUCUGAGGAAGAUUCAUGCGGUUGGAGAUACCUUGAUCCAGGCAAUUAAAGAUAGUCGGUCUCGUACCGAGCAGUCUUUACAAGAGGCGAGCAAUCAGAAAGCCCAUGAAUUAACACAGUCCAAUUUGCAGUCUCGUGAGUUGAAUUCCCAGAAGAAUGAAGAUCCCUUAGCUUCUCUUCCAGAUUAUAUCCACUCCGGAAAUUUACCUGACGUGCCUAAAUUUGAUGGAGAUGGAUCUGAUGCCAGCACUCCUCCAAGAACUCCAACCGAGGAGGAAACCUUAACUCAAGUUAAGCCGCUCAGAAUGGCCGAAAGAUUAUCAUCACAGGAGGAUCUUACAAAAAGAUCAACAUCCGACGGUCACAGGGCUCCAAGGAACUUUAAAAGACCUCUGCCUACUAUAAGUCCAAUACAGGUGCACUCUCCAAGGAUGAGAAAUAUCUACCAAGACAAAAAUUCAACCAUGGAAAAAGCAUCGGAAAAGCCAUUGACCGUUCAGACAAUUUCCACUGAUCGGUUGGCUGAUCAGUCUGAAAGGCCGGUUGAAGUUGGAAAAGAGGCUGCGAGAAAAGAUGUCGAGAGAAAAGAAUCUGCAAAGAAGCAACCGGUGCAUCUCAGUAAGAUAUCACCGACCUCUUCUGCUCCAAAGGCUAUAAAUACUGUUCCACAUCUUGAUCACCAUACAAUUAAUAAGAAGCCAGCGGUCAUUUCGAAAUCUCAAACACCAGUUAGGAAUUCACCACCUGCUGCAAAUGUGAGCGUUUCUUCAUUGGCAUCCAAGUUUUCUGAAAUUUCAAGUAAUGAAAGCACACCACAUAGCAUUGGAAAAGCAGUGUCUAGAAGUGGAUCUACUCCUCGGUCGUCUAAAAUCAACAAGUUUAAACAGAGAUUUGAGCAGAAUGAUGCAGAGAGUUUGAAGCAUGACUCUUUUAUCUCUAGUUCACCUAGUGGAAGUCCAUCUCCCGUCAAGUAUCACUCAAACGGCGGAGAAGUUGCCAAAGCAUUUGAUAAAUUCGGUGCUAGGGUGAACUCUAUGGACAGAUCACCUGUUUCUAAAAGACUCUUCACUGAUGAAAAACAGGACGACGAUGAAAGCGAUGGAGAUAGUGAGGAGUCUGAAUAUGACACUACGGGAGUUGAGGCAAAAAUUGAAACCGUGCGAAAAAUUCCUCAAUACGAGCAGAGUGGUACGGAGUCAGAUUUGAAGGUUCCAGAGCCUAAGCCAAGAUAUAUACAAGGCAGUGGAUCUACAGAUGAAAUAUCUAAUAGUAAUCAGACAAGGGCAGUGGCGGCAGAAGUAUCAGAUGAGGAAGCAUCAGACGAGGAAAGCAAGAAAGAAGAAAGUAAGGAGGUGGAUAUAAGGCAGGAAGAUAAAAUGAGCGAUGAUAACGAUGCAGAGGAGAAAAAAGAGACUCCUAUGAGAGCAACGACUGAGGAAGAGGAAGAAAACUUUGAUUUUGAAAACUUCAACACUUUGGACCCAGACAACACUUUGAAGGAGUUGUUGCUUUACUUAGAACAUCAGACUGUUGAGGUGAUAUCUGCAAUUCAACAGCUCCUACAGUCGAUCAGGAAUCCAAAGGCAACAAGAGGUCUUUUGCGUGGUGCUGCAGAACUGAUCAUCACAGUUGUGAAGCAAAUGUGCGAAGGUACCAAGACUCUGAUGAGCCAAAGCCGGUAUGCGGACGCUAUGGGUCACGCACAAUAUGUUGUGGAUGUGUUGGAUGACUGCGUUAUACGGAUGGAUAAAUUAUACGGAAAAGAUCACAGCAAGGAUGUGAUGUAUGCCGACAAGGACUUCAAGCAAAGAUCCGCAGGUAUUGCUUUUGAUAUAGCUAGAAGCACCAAAGAGUUGGUUAAGACAGUUGAGGAAGCCAGUUUAAGAGACGAGAUAGCAGUCAUUGACUCAAGGUUGAAUGCUCCAAGUCACGCCUAG